AUGGCAGAAGAGGUGAAUGCCCACGUGGCAGAAAAGGAAGAUGUGAAUGAUGAUGUCACAGAAAAGGAAGAGGUGACAGAUGAUGUCAUAGAAAACGAGGGGUUGAAUAAUGACGUUGCAAAAAAGGAAGAGAUGAAUGACGACAUUUUACUUUAUCCCAAUUGGUUCAGAUCUAUAGAGGAUAAGGAUGGUUCUUCGUUUGAAUGUUACAAGAAUUCACAGACUGGGCAGACUUUUUACUCUCAGGAAGAUUUGACACGUUAUUUGACUUAUGUGACAGAAGUACGUCCUGUCCUUGGAGAUAAAGGUUUCUGCCCAGACGGCCUUCCCAAGGAGCACAAUGGAAAGAAAGGCAAAGCUGUUAGACGCAGAUCAGCUGCCAUAGCUGGAGUGAAACAGAAGAAGAGCUUGAGUGGCAAAGUGACGAAGAGCUUGAGUGGCAAAGUGAAGAAGAGCUUUAGUGGCAAAGUGAAGAAGCUACAGUUAGGUUAG